AUGUUUUUCAAUAUCAAUAUCAAGCUUAGGGCAGGACUAAUCACAUUAUGGCUUCCCGUGCGUUAUUCCUCCAAAGGAAAGAAAUCGAUAAUCACUUUGAAAUAUCUAAAGAAGCAGUGGUCUGAUGAAUUCUCUAGAAAGGCCCGUGAGCAUUCGUAUCGAGCUCGGAGUGCAUAUAAGUUGUUGGAAAUCAACGAGAAAUAUAAAAUUAUUAAGCCCGGUAUGGUAGUUGUUGAUGUUGGAGCGGCUCCUGGAUCAUGGUGCCAAGUAGCUGCUGAUAUUGUACAGCCAAACCUAUAUGGUGAUGCCUUUGUUCUGGGCAUCGAUUUACAGCCAAUAAUGCCAAUUUCGGGUGUUCAUUUUUUGGAUCUGUCUGAUAUCACUGCUCAAAAAACGCAUGAAAACAUACGGCAACUUUUGAAUGGAAGAUCUGUUGAUGUUGUUAUCAGUGAUAUGGCUCCAAAUCCUACCGGUGAUGGAGGAAUUGACCAUGAACGAAUUUUAUCGCUCUGUGCGACAGUACUGGAACUUAGUGUGAAAAAAUCAGUGAUUCCUCUGAUGAAAAAUGGAACACUACUCUGCAAAAUAUGGGACGGACCAAGGCGGGAAGAAUUUAUUGAACUCCUUAAGCAAGAUUUUAGGAGGGUGUACACUGUGAAACCUAAAGCCAGUCGUGAUCAUAGUGCGGAAAUAUAUCUGUUGGCAAUAAAGAAAUUGUUGUGA